AUUAGUUUUAAUAAAAGCUGGUGGGGAACCAGCACCAAACACUCUAGACUGACCGUCGGUUUUACCUUGUUUCCUUCCGACCUGUUCUCCGUCCACCCCGCUACUGUAACCCGGCAGAGAGGAGCGUGCGAGCAGAGGACAUGGCCGCUAUCGAGGAGCUUUCCCCCGCUGCGGGCCCAGUGUCCACCCGGCAACCGGAGGACGAGAUAGACGACGACGAAGAUGAAGAUCUGGAUGAGACGCUGCUGGAGAGGCUGUGGGGCCUGACGGAGAUGUUUCCUGACACGGUGCGUACAGCUGCUGAGGUUUCUGCACAGUGCUCUGUGUCACUGGUCAAGAAGUUUUACAGUUUCUCCCGCUCUGCGCUCUGGGUGGGCACUACCUCCUUCAUGAUCCUAGUGCUGCCUGUUGUGUUUGAGACAGAAAGACUACAGCUGGAGCAGCAGCAGCUACAGCAGCAGAGACAGAUCCUGUUGGGACCCAACACUGGAAUAUCUGGUGGGAUGCCGAGCAUGAUGCCUCCUGCACCUGGCAAGAUGUAAGAGACAAGACGGGCCGACAUGAGCCUGAGAUCUGCUGCUAAUGAUACAGCAGGGUCACUCUCAAGGAGAGACGGAGAGACCGUGGAGAAGAGAAGAGAACUGCAUUGUUUAAAAAAAAAAAAGGCAAAAGCUUGUACGACAGCAUUGCGGUAUCAUAUCGAAGGAGGAAGAAAAUGUGAUGCGUGCCUAAAACUUCUCUCUCACUGUCUCUCCUUACUUCCAAUGUCAUGCAGAGACUGAUUUCCAGAAGCACUGCUUCUGUUUUCAUGUUCUUUUUUUUUAAAUAAAUACGUAUAUCAGCAUAAAUAAUAUUUUCUGUAGUGUAUAGCUGGCACAGUUGGAACAGAAAAGUGUGAAGGUUAUCAGUCGGUGUUUCCAUCUUAUGUUGGGUCCAGUCGUGUGAAGGAUGAUGUUUGUAGAGUAAGUGACAGAAAGAUCUGAUCAAUACUGACAACUGUAGUCAGUAUUAACUGAUAACAACGGUACCGAAGGUGUCUACUUCAGGUUCUCCAAACUAAGGGAUGCUCUUUUUUUAAUGUGUGUCUGCCUCAACUUUUGUCACAAUCCCAUCAGUGAAACGUCGGUCAAGUCAAACUCACCACAGUUAUACUUUUUAUGACGUUUGUCUGGUUGAAACAGUGAAUCACAUUAUGCAACACCAGAGCAUCACGCUGCAGCAAAGAUUGUUCUCUUUCUUUGACAGCAUGAGACAUGAAACAUUAUGUUGUUGAGUGGUAACGUGUCAUGUUUGUGAACAAAAGCAGUUGUGGUGGUUGAUAAAGUUUUGAUGCCAAUGUUACCCUCACAUGUCCAGUCUUAAGAGAAUGUUUUCCAUGUUGUCAUUCAUGUGGUAAUUUACAAUCUGUUCCUCUCACUAAGCAAACCUCUGUCUCCAUUUUGGGUUCAUCUUGACUGCAAACAUUAAAACACCAAAUCAAACCAGAA